AUGGUAGGAGGGAAGAUAUGCAAAGAAAAAAGUCACCGUGGCUCCACCGGAGCUGGCGGCGCAAACCCUCACUACCAGGGCGGAAUUCAAUUUCACAAGUCCAAAGGUCAGCACAUACUGAAAAAUCCUAUGUUAGUUGACACAAUCGUCGAGAAAUCUGGCAUCAAACCGACCGAUGUCAUCCUCGAAAUCGGUCCAAGUACUGGUAACUUGAAUAAGAAUCUUCUAGAAGCCGGAAAGUCCGUCAUAGCUGUCGAGCUUGACCCUUGUAUGGUUCUCGAGUUGCAACGGCGAUUUCAAGGAACUCCACCUAGUAAGCUAAAUAUUAUACAAGGGGAUGUUCUCAAGUGUGAUCUUCCAUACUUUGACAUCUGCUUGGCAAAUAUCCCAUACCAAAUCUCAUCUCCUCUUACUUUCAAAUUACUGUCUCAUAGGCCACUAUUCAGGGCUGCAGUUAUUAUGUUUCAAAGGGAAUUCGCCAUGAGGCUUGUUGCUCAGCCCGACGAUACUCUUUAUUGCCGCCUUUCUGUCAACACUCAACUGUUAGCUCGAGUCUCCCAUCUUCUGAAGGUAGGAAGAAACAAUUUCAGACCUCCACCCAAGGUUGAUUCUUCGGUAGUCAGAAUUGAGCCAAUGAAGCCGUUUCAAAACCUGAACUUCAAGGAGUGGGAUGGUUUAGUUCGAAUUUGUUUCAAUAGGAAGAAUAAAACUAUAGGUGCAAUUUUUAGACAAAAGGCAGUGCUUUCGUUGCUAGAAAAGAACUACAAAACUCUGCAAGCAUUGCAGAUACUCGAGAACGGAUCCUUGGAGGACACAGACAUGUCUUUGGCUGUAUUAGGAUGA